GUUGAAGAGAAAUAUAAUUUCGAAAAAUGAAUAUCUCAUUUGAAAAUAAAAAUGUUCUGAUUACUGGUGCUGGUCGAGGUAAGAAUAUUUCUGAAAAUAGAAUUACGAAUUACAUAAUUUAGAAAGUUCAAUGAAGUAUUGUAUUCUAAAAUCACCUACCUAUGUAGGUAUUGGCAAAGCUUUAGUAAAAGCUUUCGUAAAGUAUAAAGCUUGUAAAGUAUACGCGCUUUCAAAAACUAAAGAAAAUUUGGAUAAAUUGGUUUCGGAAGAGCCAACAGUGAUUCCGAUUGUUGUUGAUUUAAAAGACUGGGAAGCUACUAAAAACGCUUUACAAUGUGUACAAGACCCGAUUGAUAUUUUGUGUAAUAAUGCUGGUACUAACAUACUGGAACCUCUUUUGGAAGUGAAGCCUGAAAGUAUUGACUCACUUUUUAAUGUGAACUUUAAAUCAAUUAUUUGCGUCAGUCAAGUUGUUGCACAAAAAAUGAUAGAGAACAAACGAGGAGGUGUCAUAAUAAAUGCAUCAUCACAAGCAUCCAAGAUAGCCUUUCAAGACCAUGCCGUAUAUUCGGCUACAAAAGCAGCCGUCGAUGCAGCAACCAGAGCAAUGGCAUUAGAAUUAGGGAAAUUCAAUAUACGCGUUGUAGCCACCAAUCCUACUGUCGUUAUGACGGAGCUGGGAAAAGCAGCCUGGUCAAAUCCUAAAAAAGCCCGACCCGUACUGGAUAGGAUACCUUUGCAUAGAUUUGCUGGUAAUUACAAUUUUAUAGCUAAAGCGAUCAAUAAGUAUGAAAAAUUAAUCAAGAGUGAUUACUUGAUGAUUUUAGAAAUCGAAGAUGUCGUGAAUACGAUAAUAUUUCUGGCUAGCGAAAAGGCCGGCAUGAUAAAUGGAGCAAAUGUGCCUAUUGAAGGCGGUAUCUUGGCGACGUAAUCAUCACCAAUCUUUUAUAUAAAAAUUAAAACAAUCUGAUUUGUUAGGAUCUCAUAUUACUACCUCAUAUUAUUAGCAAAAUCUCUCUUCCUCGCGAAUAUACUCGUACUUCAUAACACGUCGUAAAAUACUUUGUAAUAAAAACUUUAAUAAAAUAAUAAUAAUAAUGUAUAAUAUAUACGUAUCACGUUAAAAUCAGCCAUUAAAAGUUGCGAUAACAAAAAUAUUGAGUGAACAAAAUAAUAAUCAGUGUCCGGUCUCCAUUUUAACAUUCGUAUCAUUUUCUAUUUUCUCAUUCGAGUUAUUUGGUUUAUUCACCACAAAUCCGUUCAUAUGAACAGGUCUGUGACAUACUUGUAAAGAUUUCAAUCCAACAAUUUCAGGA